AUGAAGCAGGAGCAGCCUGCUGCCUCGGCCCGUUCUGGGAGCCCGCCUGCCCCCGUCGCCCACCAUGCCGAGGAGCCUCCCCAGCCCCAAACCGCGGCCCCAGCUCCGCUUCAUCCUGUUCUACUCCCAGUGGCAGUGCUGGGCGUGUCCCACCUGCCCAAGGGCUUGGGAAGCAGCCGGGACUCCUACGUCAAGGUGUACCUGCUCCCCAAGUUCGUCGAGCCCCAGCGCACGGCCGUGCGCAGGAAGAGCUUGCACCCCGAGUUCCGCGAGCAGUUCCAGUUUGGCCACUACCGCCUGGAGGAGCUGAGGGGCUUCACCCUGCGCUUCGCCGUCUACGCGAAGGACUUCCGCAGCCUCCGGGACUCCUUCAUCGGGGAAGUGAUGUUCCCCUGCGCCCAGGCCACGUGGUGCCCCGAGGCGGCCUCCAGCUACACCCGGGAGCUGUCGACCACCAAAACCAAACUCAAAAAGUGUCUCAGCUCCCUUGACGUGAGCUACGGCGCGGCAUGCUCCCAGUCCACCACUCUGGGCCAGCUCUUCCUUCUCCUCCAGUACCAGGCUCUGGCCAAUCGCAUCAAGGUGCUGGUCCGCAAGGCAGAGAACCUGGGACGGCUCACCCGUGUGCCAGGGGCACCAGACCACUACGUUGUCAUCCAGCUGUACUGUGACGGGCGGGUCAUCGACAGCAAGGAGACCAAGUCCAUAGCUGGCUCCAGCCCCGUGUGGAACGCGCCUUUCCUCUUCAGCAUCCCGGCAGGAGACAUCCAGGACCAGCAGCUGUGCCUGGAGUUCACCGUCAUGCAGGCGCGCCUCUAUCUGCGCAGCUGUGCCCUGGGCCGAGUGCUGAUUGGGCCCCACGCCCCGCAGGCUGGGCUGCUGCACUGGCAGGAGAUGUGCAGCCGAGGGCCCGUGGAAUCUGCGCGGUGGCAUGUGAUCCAGCCGACCGCGCUCAGUCCCUCCCCCUGAUGCGCUCUGGCCAGGCGGCAGGGGACCGACUGGAGCUCAGCCGCGGGAGCGGGAGGCCGGAGAUGUCUCUGCUGCCUGCCUGCGUCCGGGACUUCGGCUGUCAGCCCAGUUGGGUUGAGGAACUGCAGUCGUGUGCCAAGUCCUGUCUCGACCCGGAGGCGCAGCCAAUCCGCUCUGCUGCCCGGAGACCCCCCAGGAGAGGGAGCAUCAAGGAACGAGAAGCAAAGCCAGAGACUGUCCCGGCUAAGUGACCUGGACAGCAUGCGAGCAAGUGUCUGAAAUUCACGAGAGAGAGCCCCACCCUCCCGUCCUGGGGCCUUGGCCAGGGUGGAGACGCCCUGGCAGCAGGAGGGCAGGAUACGGAAACAGGCACAUGGAUGCGCAAAGGAGCAGACGGGGGCUGGCGCGUGAGGAGCAGAGGAAAGAGCCCAGAUCGAUGGAAGGAGCCAGCUUCAAGUGUCUCGCGUGCUGAGGCUGACGGUCCAGGCUUGCUCAGAAGGAGUCCAGGCGGGUUGUCCCCGCUCCCCAGAGCAAGGGAUCAAAUACCAGAUAGCCGGGGCGGCCCAGACACGCUUCCAGCCCGGGGAGAAGCAGGCCCAGCUGUAGUUAUGGCCACGUGCCCCAAGCCUGCUGCUCUGGUGACGUCAGGAACAUUUUACCUGCUUUCGGCUGGGUGUGGCCCCUGCUGCACUUGUGUUACUGCUGCUCCGUGUGGCAGGUCCGAUCAGCGUGGCCAUCGCAACAGCCUCCCGUGUGUUCCCGCCCACCCGUAGGGAACGGCGGCCAGACCCAUCAGGCAUGAAAUGUCCUAAGAACAUCGGAACGGCCACACUGGGUCAGACCAACGGUCCAUCCAGCCCAGUAUCCCGUCUGCCGACAGCGGCAAAUGCCAGAUGCCCCAGAGGGAGGGAACACAACAAGGAAUC